UCGUUGGCUUUGCUAUGCAUGCCGAAUGCUUCAUAGCGUAGUGCUCUUAUUUUGCCAUUAAUUAGUAUAUUAAUCGAAUAAAAACCCACUCGAAAGUAUCGUAAAUGUAAUAUAAUGGGUUUCAGUGGUGGGGGAUCAUUAAAUGGCUAAUGCAGGGGGAUGUAUGUGGCUGGAGCAGGGUGGCGAGUGUGGUGUCUUUUUCUUUCAAAAACACAUCUGUAAAAGGAGCCCUAAUUAAUUACAUGGAGCCUGAGCGACUACAGGCCUCUGUCUCCGAUGCCCAAGCAGCGGUCGGUGUAAAAUGGUUUCUGUGCCUGAAUGCACACAGGCUGCGGGUAGCAGAAAAACGCGAGACCGAGGUCUUGGAGGAAAGCGCACAAGCAUAAUAUUUUUUUCGAGGAGUCUGGAGAGGCUGUUUGCCAAGACAGCAGUGUGCUGGUGUGGCCAUGCCCACUGUGUCAACAAGAGCGACCAGACAGAGAUAUACUCGCUCAACACCUGACUGAAAAACAUAGUGUACUGCCUGCCUGUCUGGACAGACUGCUGGAUACUGCCACCCCAGUAAAAGUUGUUUGCGGAGACAACGCAGAGAACGCCAGCACUCAAUGUGACUCUGGAGACACUCACUCCUCUCAGCAGAUGCCUUCUGAAACAAAUGGGGCCCUCUCUGAUCUACCAGAAAACACCACAGGAGCCAAGCAGGACAUAGCUACCGCAUGCAUGCUGAGAUCAGUGGUCAAAGUUCAUUCCUGCCCAGAAGAGGAGAUUCUGGGUGAGGGAGAGAAAAAGCAGGGGGUGGGCAGAGACCACCCAGAACUAGGUCAGGAAUCAAGUCAACUUCCAGAAUCAACCACAGCAGCAACCCAAAAGGGGUCUCUUCAGCUUAUUGCCACUAAGGACAGUGGCAAUGAUGGUACAGCAAACAGCACUAACACCAGCAAAACACACGCAGACCCAGCACUGGAGAAAUUUCUCGAUCCAACCCGUCCUUUUAAGUGCAACGCAUGCCUGGAGUCAUUUACUUCCAAAAGUGCCCUCAGUGUCCAUUACAGCUCCACAUCCCAUCUGCACCGAAUGAGAACUGGUUCUUCAAUGCAGAGUGACGAAAAGGAAACCUCCUCCUCAGCCACUUCAGCCCCUGCACCAUAUCUGUCACGCCCCUUUUUCUCCAACAAGCCCUACCAGUGUGCUGUGUGUCGUGUCUCUUACAACCACGCGUUCACACUAGAGAGUCACUUGAAGUCUGUUCUGCAUCAGACUCGCAGCAGGAACACUGUUAAUUCUGCCGGCAGUGCGGCUGGGAGCUCUGGUAAGAAAGGGAGUGCUAAUGUGGGAAAUAACACAAGCGCAGCCAUAAACUCAAGUAGUGCAACGCAGCCUGGAAGGGCGGCUGUCCCCUCACCCACCGGCAAUGGUGGCAGUCUAGGUAGCCUAACUUUGUUGUCAGGGCCAACCAAAGAUGGAGAGCAAAGUGCACUCGGCGCACAGGCCGCGUCUUCACCCUGCCCCCAUUCAGCCCCGGGCCUCUCUCUGCUCUCCUCCCCCGUGGCCUCUGCUCAGGCUGUCUCUGCCUUCCUGCUCACGUCCUCCAGCUCGUCCUCGCUGCCCCCCUCUGUCCAGCCAUCUCUCCUGUCAGCUGGGGCCGGCGGUGCAACCGGCAUGGCUGUCCCACAGUUAGAGCUCAUAGCCCAGCAGCAGCUUCUCCUGCCCCUCUUCCUAAAUGGGCUGCAGGCCCAGAACCAGGGAUCCAACCCAGAGUCUGCCAGCACCGUCCUGACCCAGGCCGUCCCACUGCUGGGUCUCAGCGCCGCUCAGCAGGCUCUCCUGGCCCAGAGGCUCAGCGCAGCCCAGCACCAGGUUCCCUGGCUGGCGGCUGGACUCCCAGAAACAAAGCAUACCUGCACAGCAGAGAAAGAGAAAGAGGAGAACAGUGGUGGGGUGGAGAGGGUGAAAAAGGAGUCUGACAAGGAGGAAGGGGAGGAGGGGGAGGGAAGAGAUGAGAUCACACAGGAGGGAGACCGGGCACUAGGGAUCACAUCUGAAGCUAUGGAGAAACUGGUAAUGAAGGGGGAAGAUGCAGAGGAAUCGGGUGAGACAGGGCUUAACUGCACCUUAAAGAGCGAAAAGAAACAGUCGAGUAGAGUCGCUUUGGGAGCUCAGGGGAAAGAGGAAAGUGGGAAAGACAGUCCAAUGGAGGGGGAGACUAACUGUGUGGUUCAGGGAGAGGGAAUUAGCCAUUCUUCUGAAAAGUUUUGUGAUGGACAUGGUGAACCUGACACAACUGAUUUACCAGUAUCUGGUGAAACCACAGCAUUCAUUGGUACUGGCUGCAUAAGCAGCAGCCCUCAGCCUCACACUGAUCCAAACCAUACCAAUGAUUCCAAAAUGGCCACAAAUAGCAGUGCAGUCAUGCUCAAACCUGGUCCCACACAACCAUGCCGCUUGAACUCUGAACCCAGUGUACACUCUAAUGACUUCUUACCUGCUGGUGCAAAUGUGAAAGGCCAGAGUCACACCUCGGCUCCCCCCAUAUUGUCGGAGUUCCAGUCCCAGAUGCUGUGGGCAUUCUUGGAGUCUCGCAGUGAGGCAGACGCAGCUGACCCUCCACAGGCUGACUGUGUAGCGCUGGGAAGGGAGGUGGGCUUAAGUGGGCAACAGGUACGGAGGUGGCUGGAGGAAGCACGGAGAGAGCCCAGAGAGAGACCAAAAGGUGCCUCAACCAGGAUGACAACCAAGAUGGCAGAGGAAGGCGGAGUCACUCAGGAGGAUGAGAUGGAGGAAGGUGUACUCACCAUAGUGGAGGCGGAAGAAGGGGAGAGCCCAGAAGCCAGUGGGAGACAUGCUAUCGAUUUGUCCCGUGGUAGAGGUAGAGGGAAAGGAAGGGAACUCGGGAAAGAGAGCCCUGGGGAGCCCUGCCUGACCUCAGAUUCAGACAAUGAAGGCGACGGGUUCUACACCUCCGUCAUUGUGACUGAUGAGGAAAGCCAGAGUGGUCCUGCGACAGAGGACCUGGGUACCCCAGCAAGAGAGGAGGUAUCCGGCGAGCAGGAGGAAAAGGGCAGGGGAGGGAAGGUGCUCCGCUCCUCCACUGUUUUUCUCUCGGAUGCUGAAGACACAGAUGAAGAGGAGGAUGAGGGGGAGAGUGGGAUCCCAAGGGUGAGGAAGAGGAAGAGAAACAGAGAACUGGAACAGGAGGAGGUGGAUGUGAAGAAGGAGAGACUGGACCCCGAUGUAGAUUUGGAGCUGGAGGCUCAGGCCGACCCCCCCGUGCCAAUCUCUGUCGACCAACAGAGUCUUCCCAACGUCCUGCACUCUCUCCCUCUGUCAAUCUCUCUCACUCCCUUUACCACUCAGUUCAUAAACCCAUAUGUUCUCUCGAUACCCCCAUCUGCUAUUGGGCUAGGGAUAGCUGAGGGGGACCGGGAUAGGGGGAGAGCUUCUACCUUCCCUAACACCGCUGCCAUCACCCACUGCUCUGCGGCCUUUCCGGACCCCCACAGCACCCCACCCCCUGCUUCUCACGUGUCCCCCGUCUGGUCCCUGUCUAACGGUGGCAUUUGUGAGUCCGCCCUGGAUCUCAGCAUGGGGAAAAAACACAGCUCCACUUCCACUUCCCCUUUCUCUACUUCUACAGGGGACAGGACGGUGGUGCAGGCCGAGCCCACGGCAGAAGGUCUUGGGCUAAGGCCCACAGCACUCGGGGUCCCUGGGGCAGGUGGGCUCAUCGUGGUCCGGGUGAAGCCUGAGGGCGCCCUUGCCAUCCCGACCGCAAAUAACAGCAUUGCCAGCAAUAACAACACCCGUACAAGCACUGUCUACAUAAGGGCGGCAGAGCGUGUUAGUGCCUCCUUGGUGGAGAGGGAGCGAGAGAAACAGCAUGAGAGGGAGAGAGAAAAGGCUAGAGUGAGAGAAAAGGAGAAGGAGCGGGAGAAGGAGCAGAAACCCACCAAAGCACGACGGUUCAGGGACAUGAGGCGCUCCAGGACCAUUAUCCAGACAGAGCAGCUGGACGUGCUGUAUGGCUGCUACUUCAAAGACCCCAAUCCUGGGAAGCAUGAGUUUCAGCAGAUCUCAGAGUGGGUCCACCUCCCUAAGAAGGUGGUCCAGAUUUGGUUCCAGAACAUGCGAGCCCGUGAACGCAAGGGGGAAGUCCGCUUCAUCAGUGAUGGUACUCUGGCUGCAAUGGGAAAACCACUCAUCAAGUUCACUUGGCCCCUGACACUGCCAGUCUUCUCCAGCAGCCCCAGCCCAAACUCCAGCCCCCUCAGCAGCAGUGGAACCACUGGGGACUCAGCUGGAGCUAGUCCCAAGGCUGCAGCCCCAAAGAUAAGACCAGAGGCGGAACAAGGGAAGGUGAAAGAAGAGGGUCGGCCAAAGGACAGUGGUGCUUCCAGCUCCACAUCUUUCCUGAACACAAGUCCUGGCAUCUUGCGAAUGCCUAAUCUCAAGCCCAAGCCAGAGACACAGAGCCCAGGAGGGUCAGUCAGACCAGUCAGCAAAGCCAUAGCCACAGCCACUACCCCUGAGGUUCCUGUUAUGAAGACUCGCUUGCCUUCCCCCUCAUCUUACUCCUCACAGAAACGCAAGCGUGGGGGAGGGGAUGAAAAAGUGAGGAUGAAAGAGGAAGAUGAGUUUGGCAGCAGAGAAACAAUGGGGCCAGGAGUCACAAACCGUAUGGUGCCGAAGAUAUCCUCCACACCCACUAACAAGCCUGUCUCCCCCGGCUCUCAUAAGCGGAAUGGUCUGAAUGACUGGACACCCAAAAGUUCCUUCAAGAUCAACACUUUGUCCAGGGAGCAACUAGGUCUCUCAACACCCCGGCCUUCUGGUACUACCACCACCUCCUCGAGUGCCAAAUCUAGCCCCCAGGAAGGGGCCUACCAGCACCAUUCCUCAACCCCUCGUCGACCACGGACGCACCUGACAUCCUUGCAGGUGUCCAUCAUGCAGUCGUGCUAUGAGACAUGCCCUCACCCCAAUGCGCUGGAGUGUGAGACGAUAGGGACAGAGCUGGGACUGCCGCUCAAAGUAGUACAGAUCUGGUUCCAGAACACCCGCGCCAAGGAGAAGCGCUGGCGCCUGCAGCAGCAGAAGCAGUCUCCUGGUACAACGGACUCUCUCAAGAAGGUUGACACCAGCUCAGGAAGCUUUCUGCUCUACAGUGCACUCAGAGCCAAUCGUCCCAUUCUACCAAAACCGGUUCAGCUGACGGUCCUUGAGCCCUCCACACCCCCCGCUAGCGGGCAACCAGCGAGCCGCGAGACCCUGAGGGGCCGCUGUGAUGCGUGCAGCGUUACAUUUGAGUCCAGAGCUGCAGGGAGGACCCACGUCUUCUCCCCUCACCACCUGGCCACGCUGAGAUCCACUAACUUUGGCCAUCCGCCCUCGCUUGUCAACAGCGGUUCUGCCACUGGGUCAGGUGCAGGCUCAGGAGUGGCAACACAGUCUUCCCCCAGUGCAGCCAGCAGCAGCAGCUAAAAGCUCAUAUCUGGAGGUGCUGGCAUGGACACUGGGCCCACUGGCUCUUCACUUUGAGUGGACAAAAAGGUUUCUGAGUUGCGAUCUCUUUAAACAGACGUUCUUUAACAGUUUAUGGGUGAGGCCAUAAACCUCUUAUCUUCUGAACUUUUCUCCUUUUUCUUUUUCAUUGGGCAUCAGGUGGCCUGUGUCUGUAGAACUUUUGAUUUUUUGGUGCUGGAUGGGGCCCAUUUUAAUAGACAUGACAAAACUGCUUCACUAACAGUAAUAAAGAGUGUAUGAGAGAGAGCAACACUAGAAUUAAAUGCUUGGACCUUUUUUUAAAUCUGGUCAAGGCAGUGGUUGUCUUUUCCUUUUUUGCCUCCAACCAGCAGUCUCUCUGCCCUGGGCCCUAAGUGAGCUUCCUUGUAUUAGUACCUUCCCUAAUGAUCUCCACUCCUCCAAAAAGGCUUCAUGUCUACACAGAAACUCUAAUAGUAAUCAGUUCCACCAAUGCAGCCGGAUCUCUUAUUUUGGGUCAAAUGUGGAUGAUCUGUUCCUGGUCUUCUUCCCUUGCAACAUUAUAAGCAGACCCAAGACAAUCUGGAAGAAUAUAAACUGGAUCCUGCCCCCACUGCUUGCUUGACGGUUAAUGGACUGCAGACAGUUAGAAAAAAGGCCUCUGUUCUGAGAUUAAUGAAUUAGAGCUGGAGGACUUGCAACA